GAGGAAGAUGGCAGAAGGCAAAGCUGAAGAGAGGAGACUGAUGGCAGAAGUCAAAGCUAAAGCGAGUAGACUAAUGGCAGAAGAGGAACAAAGAGGAUCAACUAGUUCAGUAUUUGAAAAAGGAGCCUCACCUAGUGAUCCUGAGGUCAACAUUGUAUUAAUUGGUUAUAGAAAAGCUGGAAAGACCACAACUGGAAACAUUAUGUUAGGCAAAAACAUUUUUUCCAGACAAAAGACUUUUCAGAGUGAGCAGCAACAUGGACAAGUAGCAGGAAGACAGGUAGCUGUAGUAGACACUCCAGGCUGGGACUGGGUCCAUGAUUUGGAGGAAACACCUGAGCUUGACUGGCAGAUAGUGCAGAGUGUUCACACUCAUUGUUCCAAAGGUUCACCGGUUGUUUUCCUACUGGUCAUGCGAGCAGCUUUUCCUUUCAAAGAGGUGAACAAACUCAUUACUGAAGAAUAUUUACAACUUCUUGGUGACUGCAUCUGGAAUCACACCAUAGUGCUGUUCACUACUGGGGCCUGGAUGGAAGACAUAGACAUAGAACUGCACAUUGAGAGUGAAGGGGAUGCACUGCAGUGGCUUGUAGAAAAAUGUGGGAACAGAUACCAUGUUAUGGACACUAAAGGAAAGAAAGCAGCUGUACAAGUCCCCGAACUGAUGAGAAAGAUAGAACAAGUAGUGGCAAAUAACAAGAGCUGUCCUUUUCACAUAGACAAAGAAAUCUGUGAGAAAUUUGAGAAGCAAUGUUCCACUGUCAGCAAUCAAACCUCACAAAGUAUGUUACACGUCAGAAAGGAACACCGCAGCAUGCCCUGGAUUCCACUUAAAAUGGAUGAUGAUUAUGAUGAAGAUUAUGAUAGGAGCUCUGGAUUUAGCUCAGAUCCAUCUUUGCAGCAUGAGACUUCAUCUACUCCAUCAUUAAGGGAUAGGUCACGCUCAACAAGUUCACUUCAGUAAGAGCAGAACUCUGAGAGAUCUGUCUAGUCCCAGCCACUCUAAAGCAGAUCCUGACACACCAGUUUGAAAUCUAUAAGAGAACAAGCAGAAGACAAGAGGCUGAAAACUGAGACACUGAAAUAAACAUAUAAAAAGGAACGGACUUUAA